AUGGCUAUAUGGCCCUUUGGCCGCCGGAGGAAGCGGUCGCGAAAGGUUGUGGAUGACGAGUUAAGUUCCGAAACGAGCCCUCGUGAGCCACUGUUACAAUCCCGCAGCUUUGGCCACAGCGCCCUUCACCAACAACCACAAUCCCAUGGUUUCAUCUACAGUUCCGUAAAAGCUACCAGAAGAGACAGUAAACGGAGAAAGCGCAAUAAUAAUGCUAUCACUGCAACCCACGAAAUAAACCACCAUGAUAACACCCGUUUAACCGAUUUAUGCCGCAGGGCUGGCUCAUCGUCUGUUGCUUCGUUCCGAUUUCAUCGUCAACCUGCAUCAAUAGAUACUUCCCUCUCAAAGGAUUUUGUUCUGUCAUCCUGCCACUAUAUGGCCAAUAACUCGCAGCAUAACCUCGCCCGCUCCCUGCCCACACUCCAUGCCCGUAGGAGCACCACCGAACCCACUGUGCCAGUGCGCAAAUCUUCAAAGCGAAAACGAUCAGAUCGUGCGAGGGAGAAAGAAAUCAAAAAUCUGAGCAGCCCUGUUACUGACCUGCGACGACCUUCCACGUUACCAGCCGCCCUUCAAUGGUGGGAGUCAAGGCUGGUGACAAGGAAUACCAAAACGGAACAUGGUGAUGUAUCACAAGUGUGUUUAUCGUCUGAAUUGGGUCGGAAUUCUCCCUUCGAUAGCGAGCCUUGUGCCUACAAAAUCAGCGGCUUCUCCGCCCUGGUUCCCCGACCGGUCCUGAGAUAUACUAAACCACCACGAUAUUCGUUUGGCGCGAGGUAUACAUCCCGGACGUCCACGAACAAAGAAAAGAGGCGAGUCAUCCCAGCAGAAGAGCUGACUCGUAUAACUCGAAUCAAAGACCUCGCAGAUGAUAUGGAUGCGGGCGCUUUGCGAGAAAUGAUGGAAAGGGAUCGAUGUCGGAAAGAAAUGAAGCGCCAGGUUGAACAAGAGAAGCUGCAGAGGAAACUACAGUCAAGAGCGGACCGUCAGCGCGAACAGGAACGGCGGCGGAAUUCUUUUGAUACAUCCCAACUUGCCAGGUCGGGAGAUGGAGUUGAUCGUCCUCAGGCUCCCGAGAUUGGGGUAGCUGUGACUUCUCCGGAUCCCCGCCACCGUCGUAAAUCCGCAGAUACGUCUUACAGCUCCUGGAAACAGGAUCCGUCAAAGGAAAGCCUGCAACAGCGCAGCGGCUCUAGCCCAAAACAUCAAAAUUUGCCAAGGGUCGAUAGCGAUUUUGCGGUAAACCGCUCGCGACGCAGUCCCCCAAGUAACGCUACCCAAGAUACCAAUAUGUCUGGAACAAGCGGGCGUCAUUCGAUUUCGCCAAUUAACCGUGACACGGGUGAUGUUGAUGCUGACACUUCUCAGUAUUCGGGAGAUGUGAAUGGAUCGAUGUCAGAUAUCCAUCAAAAUUUUGACCUUGACAAGCGAAAUUCUGACAAUGCAGGCAAACUCUCUACUUCAUGGACAACAUUCUUCCGCCGUGGCGGCACUCGGUUGCGACUUAGAACUGCGGAGCGGACGAAGGCACUAUCGGAAUUUUCUAUCCCGUCAAGGGAAUCUUUUCAACGAAUCAACCAAUCGCAACAACAGCAACAAUCACAAUCAUCAUCACUAGCACCCCCUGCAACAACGCAACCCAUCCCCGGUUCAGACCGAAGCCACCUUCGCCCUGGCUUUCUCCGAACCCAAUCUAAAUUCAAAGAACAUUUCACCGAUCCUCUCAAAGAAUUCCCCAUGCCGCCCGGGCGGGAAUUGCAAACCUCCAACAUCCCUCAUCUUGUUCCAGCACCUGCCAGCUCCUCUCUCACAGGCGACAACCCCAGCGGCAACGCUGCAACAAACGAGCCUCAUACUGGGGUUCUGGGAUCAAGGUCUGCUGUCGUUAACCCCGAGCAGCGCGACGUUAAACGGUCGUCCGGCGCAGGCAGUCCCGACACAAACGCUGAAAGCAUACUGCUAGCUCAUUCGCUUGCCUCAAUUGACUCUGAAGGAUCAUGGUUGUCUGGGCGGUUGUCACGACGUCUCUCGCAUCAGCCCAAAAAUUCGGGCGGUGGUAGUGCUGGUUCUACGCGAGAGAGAUUGGAUGAGUAUGUGGAAUUUGAGAGUAAUGAUCAUCGCAAUCACGAUUCUCGUCUGACUGUUGAUGAAGAGGACCAAUUCGCAUCAUCGCGGAGCGUCCGGAAGCCGAGCAGUCAAGCGCUUGGGCUUGAAAUGGACCACGACAUCUGUGUCGAUAUCGAUAACGAUAGGGUUAUAGAUAUUGAUAUCGACAAUGACACGAACAGCUCAGUGGAAUUAAUUCCCUUGCAAAGCCCCGCGUUGCCAUGCAUAGAAGAAAACAUUGCCAAAGAACACGGAACGUUACACGCAAGCCUCGGUAGACGACCCCAACUCAUCUGCCCAGAUACACGCCCGCUUUCAAAAGACGUAAUUGUCAACGAUGACAGUUUUACAUCUGUCGUCAUCGAGGAGCCCAGCUCCAUCUCCCAUUCCCAAUCCCAAUCCUAUUCCCACUCCCCCUCGCUCCCCCAUUCCGACUCAAUGGACAGGUCGCGCGCCCACUCACCCACCAACGAUGACAAUGUGGACAUCGAUGCAGACAGCCCCUUCCUCAGACCCGACAAUUUGGAGGUCCGUCGCGCCACAAGCGUGGAUCUGGGGAGUCGGCAUGUUCGGCAUAUCAGCGCGGGGAGUGCAAAGCUUUUGGAUCUUUCGAGGGGAGUGUUGGAGGUUGUGGGGUCGAGCAAGAGGAGGAGUACGGGGUCGAUUGGGGUGGAGGGGACGGGGUUGAGGGUGUUGAAUGGUUGA